UUGCAGGGCAUUCUUAUAAAUUCUUAUAAAUAACUUUUUACUAAAACCACUUCCAUCAGCUCAAACCACCUCCAACAAUGCUCGUAGGCAAGAUGCAGCGGGCCAUUUUAAUGGCCAUCUUUCUCUUCGCUAGCCUUUCUGUUGCGGAAGACGUUAAUCCAGGUGGGGGAACAACCAAUGAAGCAAAAAGCACUACUACCAACUCUGGUUCCGGCGGAGACGCUAAGCCCAACGGGUCCGGCGGCGACACCAAGCCCACCGGGUCCGGCGGCGACACCAAACGGAUCUUCGAUUUCAAGUUAACCGACGACAUGAAAACUGCCGACCUGGACAACCCUAGCUCGGCACUGAGCAAACUCAUCGCAUUUAUCGUUAAAGGGGCUGGAAAGGCCUCGGAAUACGUCUCAAUCCUCCACCCCAGGAAAUCGCCCUCCGAAAUUCAGUUGGAGAUCCGCGACGACUCCAUCUUCAUCCCAGGUGGCAACUCUGCCAAUGCCCAGCACGGUUUCCGACGAACGGAUGUCAAUCCGGCUAUUGACAAAACCACCACUCUUACUGGGAUCACCACAUGGUACCAAACUAUCCGAUUGGACUCCAAAGCCCCACUGGUACUUACCCACGGCUACCUCUUUGCUAGCAUAGAAGUACCCUCCGGUGAUCACAUCUUCGACAUUUUCGGCGGGUCUGACUUCGACGCCCAAAACACCGACCACAAGCCUAGCAGCAACAGUGAAACUAUCAGAGUGCGGGACUUCAAGACCAAGACGCUCCUGUCGCUCCCUCUGAAGUAUGAUCAAAACUACAACUUUGCUGUCACUGUUGACUGGGAUGCAAACACGCUCACAGUUUACUCUUCAAUCGGUGCCGAGCCUCUCAAGAUGGCUGGAGGCCCUAUGCCCAAUGACGCCAAAGCCAUGUCUCCCGAGUUCAAACAAAAGGGAGAAUACCACAUCCAAUUGAUCAAAUUCCCCCUCGCCGACUCCAAGGACCCAGUCGACAAACGUAGCGACACCCCUCACUUCGGUUUCCAAGAACCUAUCAAGAAAGAACAUGUCUUCUUCUCGAAUGUCUUCGCAACCUCGGGCAAGGAGAUCGAACAGCCCAAAUUCAGCGUUUCGAAGAAGGGCAAGAAGCCCAAAGCCUGUAAACGAUCGUGAUCGGCGCUUUCCAUCCAGUUCCAUCUUGUUUUUAUUUUCCGGCAGGGCUGUUGUUUUAGAAAAGAAUUGUG